AUGACGAUCAGAGAUUCUUUGUCCAACCGCAAUGGCAAGAAGUCAGCAGAUGCCGGUGCAUCUCUCCGGCACCAGAAUUACAGGCCGUUCGAAACCCCCGAACCGAAUAUUGUCUUUACAGGCGCCGUCCCCACUCACUGGGCUAUGAUGUACGUUGACAGAUCCGGAAUCGUCAAAGAAAUGUCAAACCUACCUACACCCGUCUUCGAUGCUCGUACGCGGGAAGCAUUCGCAUUUGCACACGGUCUUUUGCCGAAUAGACACAAUUCUUUACCUUCUCCGCAUACGGCCUACAGUCCCGGCCACAGGGGACAUUCCUCGCGUGCAGGUCGAUCCAAGCGGCGAAGAACUGCACUUCGCGAGGAGCCACUGGAUGUCGAGGUGGUUGAAGCUUUUGAAGACACAGAAGAUCAGGUCCCUCUAGAAAUCGGUGACACGAAGAAAGUCACCGAGUUUUAUACAAUGGCUUUCAAACGAUUGCAACAAAUCAACUGCCGUUUACUGGCUAAGAACCUGAUCAAAAUAAUUGAGCCUCGUAAGCAGGUCAGACACCCAUAUAACGGUGGAAGAAAACCAGGCGGGGCACCUGGUGAGAAGGGAGACCCCGAAGACACAAAGCCUGACUGGUGGCCUCGCGAUGUUAUACACAAGGAGCCCGAUCAUAUCAAGAAAGAUUAUCGUGUGAAGCUUCUUGUUCAUCUUGUCCAAAACCUUCUUCCUAUGGGAAUAACAGCCGAUAUACUCGAAGAAGCUGUCGGUGAUACCAGAAGACAUCUCGUACCCGAAGAUAAAGCCGAGGAGAAAGCUUCAAUGUUAGAAGAGAUAAUCCGCGUCAGAAAGAUUCAAGAGCGGUACCUGAGGAAUGAAAUUGACGGAAGCACUCAGGUUUACGUUACCGACCACGACGGAGCUAGGAAAGAAGAGCCCGAAUCCGACGAUGAAGGAGAGUCCAAAGUGAUGACUCCUCCUCGCACUGCCAGUUCCUCACCACAGAUGGAGCACGUCGAAGGCUCCCAGAGUCCUCUAGACGUGACCUCUAUACCCCAGCACAUAUCACCACUGGAGACUACCUCGAGCUUCCAGAUGCCCGCCGAACUAAACUUUACGAACUCGGGACAGCGAACACCAGAAUUCGUAUCUACGCAGCCUGAAUUUGGCCAUGGGAACUUGGCUAAUGCACCAAUAGCAGGCCCGCUGCUGACCCCCACUCACAACGAGUUCAUAGAUCACUCGCAAUUUGCAGAGGCCAGUCCCACAAACCAUCUACACGCUGUUAGUCCGGCUCAUGCACAAGCGGACCCCUCUGCGUCUUUUACGGGCUGGUCUCCCGCGUUUCAGCAAACAAUGUUUUCACCAGUCGACUUCAGUAACGGAGCUGGUCGUCAAAUGCCACCUCACAUGGUGUAUCCGUCAUAUGGACCAUAUUCUUCACCUCAAGAAGUUCCCCAAACUUUUACAGUCCCAGAACUUUCACGUCCUCGAGACUAUGACAUGGCAAACAUGUACAACCUCCCUUUCCGAACUGGUUCUUUGAGUCACCCACACAUUGUGCACCACCGCGACAGUGGCGAUGUCAAGCCAGGCAUGUAA